UAGUCAUGUGACUGCAAACAGCUGAUUUCCUACUCGUGGUUUUGUUUUUCUUAUUAUUUGCUUUAUCGGUUUUCUUAGUGUUUUAAACUAAUUAAUUUUAUUUAAAUGUCAUCUGGAUUGGUUCGAAACGUUAAAGUAAAAAAGUGCUUCAACUAUGUUGGCCAAUUGUAUAAUGUAUCAUUAAGAGGUUUCUGUGCCACUGGACCUAAUAAUGGAAGCUCCAGAGAAACAAACUUUAAAAGCAGUGAUACUAACUCCGAUAAAGAUGCUAAUGAAGAUGCAAAAGCCGACCAAGAGCCGAAUAUAGACACUUCUUCUUUGAAAAUAGAUGAAAAACCUCGUUGGGAUGAAGCUGAUCGUGAUGCUCGAAUUGCCAGGCUUCGUGAAAUUGUAGCCCAGCCAGCAAAUCCUGAUACAGCAAUUCAUUUUCCUAAUGCAGAUUAUGUAUUUCGCUAUCCAAUAUUUCAUUCACUAUCUGACUCUAAAAUCCCCUCUGCAAUAGUAUCAGAUGGUCGCAAAGAUUGGACAAAAUCAAUUCAUGAAGCUUUUAAAAAGCCUUUAGUUGAUUACCCAGAAUCUACCGAUUUUUUAAUCAUCGGUGGAGGAGUAAUUGGCUUAUCUAUAGCAUAUUUCAUCAAACAAGCUAUGGGUGAUCUUAGAGUUGUAGUUGUUGAUAGAGAUUUUAAUUAUACACAUGCUGCUUCCAACUUGUCUUUAGGUUGCAUUAGACAACAGUUUUCGCAUCCUACUAAUAUUAAAAUGGCCGCUAUAGGUGCAGAUUUUUAUAGACAAUCAAAGGAUCAUCUAAGCAUUAUAGAUAAAGAGCCUCCCGAUUUGAACUUUCACCCUCAAGGAUAUAUGUUUUUGGUAGAACCGGAGAGAGCUGAAAGUUUCUUGAAAUAUCAUCAGACACAAACCGAAUGUGGAGCUUAUAUUGAUAUAUUAUCGCCGGACGAUUUGAAAAAAAGGUUUCCUUGGUUAAAUGCUGAAGGAAUAGUUUUUGCAACAUUAGGUUUACAAGAUGAAGGGUGGAUUGAUCCGUUUCCACUUUUAGUUUCGCUUAAGGGUAAAACAGAGUUUCUUGGGGCUCAUUUUGUAGAAGCCGAAGUUUUUGAUUUCAAUACUAGUCUUGCAUUACCUUCUUCACCUCAUCGCGAUGAAUUGGGAAAUCCAACGGAAAUAUGUCACCAUGCACUUUUACGUUUUCCAAAUGAUGAAAUAGCCCAAAUAAAUUUUUCUCGUUGUAUCGUUUGCUGUGGAGCUGAAUCAAGGGUUCUUGCUGAAGCAUUAGGAAUUGGAAUAGAGCCAGGACUAAGACGGAUUCCUUUACCUGUUGUGCCAAGGAAAAGAUAUGUAUUUGUUUUCAAUGCUCCGGAUGCUCCAAUUCUAGAUUUUCCAAUCUUAGUUGAUCCUAGCGGCGUUGUAUGUAGGAGAGAUGGCUUGGGUGGAAACUUUAUAGUGACAAAAUACCCAACAAAGGAAGAAGAACCAGAUCCAGGUAAUUUGGACGUGGAUUACAGUUUCUUUGAAAAGGCUAUUUAUCCCGUUCUAGCUCGAAGAGUCAAAGGUUUCCAAAAAGUUAAAAUUGUCGCUGCCUGGGCAGGUUAUUGUGAUGAGAAUAUUUACGAUAACAAUCCAAUAAUUGGCAGUCAUCCGUACUAUAAUAAUAUCAUUUGGGCCUGUGGUUUCGGCUCCCAUGGAAUCCAAAUGGCUCCAGCCGUUGGUCGAGCUAUGGUACACUAUCAAUUGAGAGGAUAUUAUCCUGAAAAAUUAGGCUACAAUCUAUUUGGUUUUGCAUGGGAAAGAAUGUUUCAAGGCGAAAGAAUUUACGAAGACCUGGUACUUUAAAUUUUUGUAUUAGCAAAUGUGGCAAAAAUUAGCAUUAGUGGUUCAAGAUCUGAAUCAAACAUGGCACUUCAAUCUCAUUUGCUAGUUACAAGAAAUUAACAUUACUGACAAGUUGUUCAAAAAGUGUAAAUAAUUUAUUAUAUAUAAUUUAUAGCAAUUGGUUGCAUAUCUACUUUGUUUUUUUUCCUCCAAAUCAACGAGUUGUAUUAACAGGACCAAAAAUAUUAGCUGUUUGUUUGCUUGCUGCUCUGGAUGGAGCAAAUCCUAAAAUCUUUUGAAUAUUCUGUGAAAUUAAUAGAAUAUGUUUAGAUGA